UCUUCCAUCUGCUGGUUCACUCCCCAGAUGGCCGCAAAUGCUGGUGCUGUGCUGAUCCAAAGCCAGGAGCCAGGAGCUGCUUCCGGGUCUCCCAUGUGGGUGCAGGGGCCCAAGGACUUGGGCCAUCUUCUACUGCUUUCCCAGGCCAUAGCAGAGAGCUGGAUCAGAAGCAGAGCAGCCAGGAUGUGAACCUGAGCCCAUGAGGGAUGCUGGUACUGCAGGCCAGGGCCUUAACCUGCUAUGCCACAAUGCUGUACCCUUUAGUGCUUUUUAAAAAUACUGAUUCUUUUAUUCCACUGAACAGAGAUUCUGACUGAGUCUGUCUGGGCUGGAGCUUAGGAGUCUGCAUUUUUAACAAAGAAUCCAAGGGAUUUUGUAUAGGUGUGCUGUGGCUAUGGGUGUAGGUUCAAAUGUUGGUGUAAGUAUAGGUGUGUUUGUAGGUAUAGGUAUAGCUGUAGGUGUGUGUGCAUGUACAUCAGUAGGUAUAGGAACAGCACUAGGUGUAGGUAGAGGUGUGGCUGUAGGUAUUUGUGCAGGUGUAGGGAUAGCUGUUGGUGUGAGUGCAGGUGUAUCUGUAGGUGUAUAUAUAACUGUAGAUGUAGGUGUAGGUAUAGCUGUAGGUGUGUGUGCAUGUACAUCAGUAGGUGUAGGCACAGCACUAGGUAUAGGUAGAGGUGUGGCUGUAGGUAUUUGUGCAGGUGUAGGGAUAGCUGUUGGUGCAAGUGUAGGUGUAUCUGUAGGUGUAUAUAUAACUGUAGAUGUAGGUGUAGGUAUAGCUGUAGGUGUGUGUGCAUGUACAUCAGUAGGUGUAGGCACAGCACUAGGUGUAGGUAGAGGUGUGGCUGUAGGUGUUUGUGCAGGUGUAGGGAUAGCUGUUGGUGCAAGUGUAGGUGUAUCUGUAGGUGUAUAUAUAACUGUAGAUGUAGGUGUAGGUAUAGCUGUAGGUGUGUGUGCAUGUACAUCAGUAGGUGUAGGCACAGCACUAGGUGUAGGUAGAGGUGUGGCUGUAGGUGUUUGUGCAGGUGUAGGGAUAGCUGUUGGUGUGAGUGCAGGUACAUCUGUAGGUGUAUAUAUAACUGUAGAUGUAGGUGUAGGUAUAGCUGUAGGUGUGUGUGCAUGUACAUCAGUAGGUGUAGGCACAGCACUAGGUGUAGGUAGAGGUGUGGCUGUAGGUGUUUGUGCAGGUGUAGGGAUAGCUGUUGGUGCAAGUGUAGGUGUAUCUGUAGGUGUAUAUAUAACUGUAGAUGUAGGUGUAGGUAUAGCUGUAGGUGUGUGUGCAUGUACAUCAGUAGGUGUAGGCACAGCACUAGGUGUAGGUAGAGGUGUGGCUGUAGGUGUUUGUGCAGGUGUAGGGAUAGCUGUUGGUGUGAGUGCAGGUACAUCUGUAGGUGUAUAUAUAACUGUAGAUGUAGGUGUAGGUAUAGCUGUAGGUGUGUGUGCAUGUACAUCAGUAGGUGUAGGCACAGCACUAGGUAGAGGUAGAUGUGUGGCUGUAGGUAUUUGUGCAGGUGUAGGGAUAGCUGUUGGUGCAAGUGCGGGUGUAUAUAUAAUUGUAGCUGUAGGUGUAGAUAUGGGUAUCUAUAGGCAUAGCUGUAAGUGUAGAGGUGCAUGUAGGUGCAGGUAUAUCUGUAUGUGUAAGCGUGGGUGCACCCAUAUGUAUAGCUGUAGGUAUAUAUGUUCAGUAUCUCCUUUGGGAGAUACUGAAGUAGAACCUCAGUCUACUUUACCUUAGGGGACAAUGUAGCACUGUGGUGAAGAUCCCAGGGCCUGAGUUUUGGAUUAAACCCAAUUCUGUAGUUAGCAGGGCUUGUGAACUGAGUCAAGCAAAAUGAUAAUGUGGUAACUCCAUGUCUUUAUCUGUGUAGUGGCAAUAAUGAUAUCUCCUUAGAAAAUUAUAAUGAGGGUUAAAUCAAUAUAUAUAAAGAGUUCUGUGCAUGCAGAUUUUUCCAGUAAACAUUGGUAUUAUCAUGUCAUUCAGUGGCCCUAAUCCAAAUGCCUUACUUUUUAUGUAUACGAAUCAUUUCGAUGCUUAGUUGAUCAUUCAGUAUUGAGUCCCGGAAAACAACAGACAGGUUGUUUUGUGUAUGUAUUUUUUUUUUUUUUUGACAGGCAGAGUGGACAGUGAGAGAGAGACAGAGAGAAAGGUCUUCCUUUGCCGUUAGUUCACCCUCCAAUGGCUGCCGCGGCCGGUGUACCGCGCUGAUCCGAUGGCAGGAGCCAGGUACUUCUCCUGGUCUCCCAUGGGGUGCAGGGCCCAAGCACCUGGGCCAUCCUCCACUGCACUCCCGGGCCACAGCAGAGAGCUGGCCUGGAAGAGGGGCAACCGGGACAGAAUCCGGCGCCCCGACCGGGACUAGAACCCAGUGUGCCGGCACCGCAAGGCGGAGGAUUAGCCUAGUGAGCCACGGCGCCGGCCUUUGUGUAUGUAUUUUUAGUGUUGCACUGACUGCAUCGUAUCAGCCAUUUCUGUGUCUCCAUCUGUUUCCCUCGUGGCCGUGGGCUCUUGGAGGGUGCAGACCAUGUUUCACUCAACAUUCUUCAUCUGAGCACUGCGCGCAUGUGCUAGAGCCAUCCUGAGCUGAGUGUGCAGGUUGGCAGAAGGCUGGAAAACGAGCAGCCCUUGAGCUUGUCUUGGCUGAACUAUCUCCUCAGCAAACAGAAAAGAAAUGUUGUCCAGACCGGAGCCUGGCUGGCAUUUGUGGGGCAAGAUGUGGUCAGUCAUUCACUCUCUCAGUGUUUGCUGGGCACCUGCCCUGUGGACAGCGGUGAAUAACGUGCUGACCUGUGCCCUCACAGGGCCUUUUCGGAUUUGCACCCAGUCUGUCCACCGGUGAACAAACACUUGCCUGUUUUGCCGCUGGGUGUGGAAUCUGAGGAUGUUCCCAAGUGGUGUUUUAGAGCAGUCCCCAUGAGGGGGGUGUGUUGCAGGACUCGCUUUGCAGAUAUCAUGGCUACGAAUGCCUAGAUCAGAAGCUCAGCUCCUGGAGAGGACGUUAACACCUGCGGUUUCCAGGCCUGAGCAGUGUGUAGUGCGAGCAACAUCCUGGAGCUGUUGCUGACCAGGUUUGCCACCCCACGUUUUCAGACCUC